AUGGGCCGCGUUUGCACCAAGACUGUGAAGAAGGUGGCCUGGGUCAUCAUGGAGAAGUACUACACACACCUGGGCAAUGACUUUCACACCAAUAAGCACAUGUGCAAGGAGAUCGCCAUUAUUCCCAGGAAAAAGGUUUGGAACAAGGUAGUGGGCUAUGUCACACAUCAGAUGAAGCAGAUCCAGAGAGGCCUUGUGAGAGGCAUCUCCAUCAAGCUUCAGGAAGAGGAGAGAGAGAGAAGAGAUAAUUAUGUUCCCAAAGUCUCAGCCCUGGAUCAGGAGAUCAUUGAGGUUGAUCCUUACACUAAGGAGAUGCUAAAACUCUUGAACUUUAGCAGUCUGUCCAACCUGCAGGUCACUCAGCCUACAGUUGGGAUGAAUUUCAAAACACCACGUGGAGCUGUUUGAGCCCUUCUGCUGUAAUAUUAUCAA